AUACAACCUUCUCCUUUCUUUUCUCUUUCUUCUACCGGUUCGUCUUCCUCGCGCAAGCGCCAACAUGCAGAUAGCGCGCCCCCGCCGCCGCCACCUCCCUUCCGUCUCCGGCGGCCUCCGCCGCCUCUACCACCACCCGACACUAACCAAUUUGGGCCGGACGCCCCCAUCACCUCCACCAUCCGCAUCGCCUCCACCGUCCGCUGGGGAUCCCCCACCGCCCGGCUCCGGCGGCACCCUCACCGCCUCCACUCCGCCGCCUUCUCUCCUGCCUCCACCACCGGCCGGCGAGCCUCCCCGGAGCUCCCUCUACAACCGGGCACCGAGUUUGCCGUCCUACGGCGGUGCAACAUCCUUGCUAGCACAAGCACAAGCAGGUUCCAGAUGAGAUUGUACACUUUUUUUUUUUCGAAAAGGAAGAUUGUACACUUGAAGACGU